ACGAAAGGCAUAGUUAACUUAAAAAAGGCUUUUGAAACGUUUUCCCGUACCCCCUUUGACAAGAAAAAGAAAGGUCCAGUUAACUUAAAAAGGCUUUUUAGUCGUUACUCUGCUGCCACCACCACAUACCCAUACCAUACCCGCUAAAGAUCGCAAAAGCAAUGUCUCUGCUUGCCCUUUUUAUCCUCUUCUUUUUCGUUGAUACAAUCCCUUUAGCUAUCGGAAAGCGUCACGUCAUCAAUUUCCGGUCUAAAAAUCUCUAUCCAGAGGGCCUUGCUUAUGAUCCCACAGCUCAACACUUCAUCGCUGGCUCUUAUCACGACCGUACACUCCACGCCGUAUCUGAUGCAGGCGUCCUCGAAACUCUCAUCUCGGACCCUUCCCUCCCUCCAAACACCACCUUUCUAGGCCUGGCCGUAGAUCCAGUCCACAACCGGCUUCUUGCGGCUAUUCACUCUUCGCCACUACUCCCUCCUUUCAACGCCCUCGCCGCCUACGACCUCAGUACCCGCCAACGCAUCUUUCUCUCCAUCCUACCCGACGCAGAAUCAGCCAGCACUGCUAACCGAUCCGUCGCCAAUGCUGUGGCCGUUGAUUUCAAGGGAAACGCUUACGUUACCAAUUCGUUGGGUAACUCCGAUGGGAACUUCAUAUGGAAAGUCAACGCUCAAGGAGAGGCGUCAAUUUUCUCGAGAUCUCCGAUUUUCACGCGUUAUCCCGUCGACCGGGACUCACCGUUUAGCUACUGCGGUCUCAACGGGAUUGCUUACGUCAGCAAGGGUUAUCUACUGGUGGUACAAUCCAACACCGGAAAAAUGUUCAAGGUCGACGUGGACGAUGGCACGGCGAGAGCGGUCUUGUUGACGGAGGAUUUGACUUUGGCCGACGGGAUCGCGAUACGAAGAGACGGCGUCGUUGUGGUGGUGUCCCAAAGUAAACUCUGGCUCUUGAAAAGCGACGAUAGCUGGGGGGAGGGAGUCGUUUAUGACAAAAUUGACCUUGAUGUUGAGAGAUUCCCAACUUCAGUAGUAGUGGGGAGGGAUGAGAGGGUAUAUGUGUUAUAUGGGAGUGUGAAUGAGGUUAUGAUGGGAAAUGGAGGGAGGGAAUGGUUUGCUAUAGAGGAAGUGAAAUCAGAAAAGGAAAGCAAAGAGGAGAAUGUUUGGGUGUUCGUAUUGAUUGGAUUGGGUUUGGCCUAUUUCCUCUUUUGGAGAUUUCAAAUGAAACAACUUGUGAAAAAUAUGGAUAAAAAAACCAAUUAAAUUUUGCCUCAUAGACAGAGUGUAUUUUUAUUUUAUGCAAAUCCAAACAAAAGCUGUAUGAAAAUUUCAAAUUCUUCAACUUUUCUGACUUUCCCUCGA